CGGAGCGUUGCCCAGCGGGGCGCCUGGGCCGCCGCGAUCGCCCCUUCUCGGGGGACUUGGCUGAGGAGACCCGCCUGCGGGAGGAAGCCAGAGGAACAGGACCUUCGUGAUCAAAAAGUGCUGAAGAACUGAGCCCCUGGCCCACCCAGGCCACCGGGGGCCAGGAGGGGCCAUGGCAGGGUAUGGCUGUCUGGGGCUGGGGCUGUUCUGCUGGGUCCUGCUUGCAGUUCCCGUGGGCCCCCAGCCUGCCUCCUCUGUCCCAGGUGCCCAUCUCACCACUCUGACCCCACCACCUCAGAGUGAGGCCUCUAUGCUGUCUCUAAACCUGGGACUUAACUUCAAAUUCCACCUUCGGGGACCUGCUGCUGCUUGGGGGAGCCCUGUCACAGAGACCCAGGCACUUUCUCCCGGACCGAGCCGGGAGCCAGAGGAAGAGGUGGACAGUGGGCUGAGGACUGACCCCUUUUGGGAACUGCUGGUGGGCUCUCUUAGCAACUCCCCCCCAGAGUGGGGCUCUGCUGAAGGCAGCUCUACCCCCUGGGCCUCCUCCCUGCCUCUGGAGUCCACAUCCCUCCUCUCUGGGCCCACUGACCGGCCCACUGCUCCCUAUCAGCCCAGGAUGGGCACUGUGACCUGGGAUACUGCUCUGACAGCUACAGCACCUCCAUCCAGUGCUCCCAGGCUCCACCAGAGCGAGCUGGAGCUGAAGUUUGACAUGGCGCUGAGAGCAGGUGCAGCCCCCACGCUCGGGCAUCGAACGCUGCCCCUGCUGCCCAGCCUGCGGGCCAGCCUGGCAGAGAUUGCUGGGCGCCUGGGACCCUUUGGUGAGUAUCCACCCCAUCCCAAGGAGAACCCAUGCUGGGCAGUCUGGCAGGUAGGACGGAGCUUCAGCCUGGCUCCUUUUGCAGGGUUCUUUGGCACUACUCUGUCCCCUCUCCGGAACUUAUCAGGCCCAAGCACCCCAAGCCCAAUUACAUCCCCAAGCUCUGCCUCCAGAGUUUCGGAUUCUCCAGGGUUCUUUGGCACCACUCUGUCCCCACCCCCAUCCUCCCUGAAGAGAAAGCCCCCAAGUCCAAGGCCACUGGACGCAGCUGCUUCCCUAAGCCCUGCCUCAAUUGCAACAGCCUCUCUAGACUCCACCACCUCCACCUCUGGCCUGGAUGACCCCUCUCCCGCCAGCCUUGGGAACCUUUCGGUGCAGCCAGAGUGUGGGCCAGGGUCCUGCAGCAUCAGAGAACUGCCUGAACGCGAGGGGCAGCCUCCUGCGGCCCCGCUGCCUCUCUUCUUCCUGACCCUGGAGGCCGACUGGGCAGAGGCCAAGGCUCGCUGGGGGCUGGCCUGGGAGGCCCACGUGUACGGGGUAGGCGCGCUCUUCGGCCUGGUGGUCCUGCUGGCGCUGCUGGCACUGGCCCUCUUGCCUUGGCGCUGCCCGCCCGGCGCCCCCUGCCUGGCGCUGCUGGACCUGCUGCUGCUCUCGGCCGGGACCACGCGGGCCUUCCCGCUCUUCUACGACGCCUACGGGCACCGCGAUCGGCUGCCGGUUCUUGCCUGGCUGCUGCUGCAGGACCUCCCGCUGCCCUGCCUGGCCGCCGGCCUGGGCCUGGCCUGCCUACUGCUGGCUCGGCCGCGCCCGCCGCGGUGUCCUGCUGGCCUGGCCGCUUUGCUGCUCCUGGGGUUGGGGCUGGCGGCGGCCGCCGCCCUCGGAAGCGCGGCCCACCGCCCGCUGAGGGCCCUGCGGCUCGCCUCCCGCGGGCUGCACGCCUUCCUCGCCGCCCUCCUUUCCGGGCUCCUGCUGGCGCUCUCCUGCUGGGGGAGCCGGCGGCGGCGGGCCGGAGCGCCCCUAGGAGGGUCGGGCUUCAAGGGCGUCACUCCUCUCCCGCAGGCGCGCAGCCCCUUCGGCCCGCGCGAGUCCUGGCGGCGCGCGGCGCGCACGGCCCCUGUGGCGGGCACCUUCGGGCUGCUCAGCGGAGCCCUGCAGGGCUACGAGGUGCUGCACGCCCUGGGCUACGGCGGCCAACCCGGCCUGGAGGGGCCCUGGCCCUGGUGGGCUUUCCAGCUCGGCCUACGCCUGGGCGAGGUGGGCGUCGCGCUCCCGUUAGCGCUGCUGGGCCUCUACCCGGCGCUCUGCAGCCCCCGCGUGCCGCCGCGCUGCUGGGCCAAGCUCUUCUGCUUGUCCCCCGGCCACGCCGCCCCGCUGCUGCCCGGAGGCUGGGUCGCCGGGCCCCCGGACAAGAAGCCUCUGGGGAGCGCCAUCGAGCGUGCCGACGCGGAGCUGCUGCAGCUGUGCGCCCUGGCAGGGCCAGGCCCCGACCUCUUACUCCAGGGAGGCGGCUGCCGGGGCUUCGAAGGCGCAGCCGCUAACCCGGCCCCUUCCCCGGCCUCCUCCCCCUGCAGCGAUUACACCGUGGACUUCCGCCCGCCCUCCCCCAUCAACCUGCGGCGCAGCAUCGAGGAGGCCCUCUGCAGCGAGGCCCUGCUGGCGCCCGGCCUCUUCCAGGGCCCUGCCUUCGGGGAAGCCCUGCCUGGGCUCGGCCUCUUUCGCACCAUCUCGCUGGGAGCGCAGACCCGGGCCGGGCCCAAUGGGAGGUCUGAGGAGGCCCCUGGCUCCCCCGUGCCCCCCGAGCUCCCCUCUCCCGGAGCCUGGCCCGCGGGCAGCAGCGCCUCAUCAGGCUCGCUGUGCGGACUGUCGCGGGACAGCUCGUCCAUGCUGCUUUGCUCCAGCCCGGACAGGCCGCCACGCUGUCCGCUGGUCUGCGUCCUCAGUCCCCCUCGGCCCUCAGGAAGCAGCCCUAGCUUCCCGGCCUCAGGAUCCUACCAGGCUUUGUCCCCACCCUCCCGCGACUCCCCGGAGCCUGCUCCUGAGCUGCAGGCCGAAGAGGCCUUGCUACAGGAGCAAUUCCUGGACGCCUGCCGACAGAUUGACGAGCUGAGCGUGGGCAGCGACACCAUAGACCUGUGAAGACGUGGCCCCCUGGCCGCCCCGACCAUACGCCCCCUUCUGGCGCCUGUUCUGUCCGAGACCUGCACACUGUAACCCUUCCCCAAUCCUGCCUGGCUCAGAUACCUCUCCCGGCUUCCUUUCCCAUCCAGGGGCCCCUGGAUGGGUGGGUCAGCAGCCAGGCUCUGGUGAUUGGGAACUAGUGCCACCUUCUCUGGAGCCCUGGGCGCUGAUGCCCUCAGCUGCAAUUCUAGGCUGGUAGGGGGUCCCACUUUCCUUGGCAUUCACCAGCAAUAAAACUCCAAGGUGCUCCACUCCUGACCACCUCUGCCCACUCUGGUGCUGAGUGAGAGGGGCUGUCCUCAGAAGACCUCGGGACCAGCCUCAGUCCCCAUCCCCACCUCUGCUAUGCCCAGGAAUCCCAUCCCUGCGUGAGUGAGACUCUGUGCCCUCCACGUGAUCCUUCCCCAUAGAAGGGUCCAUGGCCCAUCUAGGAGACUCUACAGCAGUUGGG